UUAACUUCUUCGAUCGUCUUGCACAGAAAUCAAGUACGUAGCAAAUCACAUCAUGGAGCUCAACCUUGUCUCGUACGUGUUCGUUGUCCUGUUCGUCCUCUCUGGCGCGUACGUCUACUACACGACGCGGAGCCGGUCGCCGCCGGGGUGGCCCGUGAUCGGCCACCUCCACGUGCUGACGGACAUGCCCCACCACGCGCUCGCGGAGCUGGCCACGACCAUGCGAGCCCCGCUGCUCCGGCUCCGGCUCGGGAGCGUCCCGGCCGUGGUGAUCUCCAAGCCCGACCUUGCCCGCGUGGCGCUCACCACGAACGACGCGGCGAUGGCAUCCCGCCCGCACCUCCUCUCCGGGCAGUUCCUCUCGUUCGGGUGCUCCGACGUGACGUUCGCGCCGGCGGGGGCGUACCACCGCAUGGCGCGGAGGGUGGUCGUCUCCGAGCUCCUCUCGGCGCGCCGCGUGGCCACCGACGGCAGCGUCCGGGGCAAGGAGCUCCGCCGCCUCCUGGCGCACCUCACCAAGAACGCCGCGGCGGCGGGCGCCACCGUCGACCUCAGCGAGUGCUUGCUCAACCUCGCCAACGACGUGCUCUGCCGCGUCGCCUUCGGCCGCCGGUUCCCGCACGGCAAGGACGACAAGCUCGCCGCGGUGCUCGCCGAGGCCCAGGACCUCUUCGCCGGGUUCACCAUCGGGGACUUCUUCCCGGAGCUCGAGCCAUUCGCGAGCACCGUCACUGGGCUCCGCCGCCGGCUGAAGAGCUGCCUCGCCGACCUCCGCGAGGUCUGCGACGACAUCGUCGAGGAGCACGUGAGCGGCAAGCACCAGCGCCUCCCCGGCGACCGUGACGAGGACUUCGUCGACGUGCUUCUCCGCGUCCAGAAGUCGCCCGAUCUCGAGGUCCCACUUACCGACGACAACCUCAAAGCCCUCGUCCUGGACAUGUUCGUCGCCGGCACGGACACGACGUUCGCGACGCUGGAGUGGGUGAUGACGGAGCUGGUGCGCCACCCGCUCAUUCUGAGAAAGGCGCAGGACGAGGUCCGACGGGUGGUGGGUGCCAAGGGGCGGGUGGACGAGUCGGACCUGGGCGAGCUCCACUACAUGCGGGCCAUCAUCAAGGAGACCUUCCGGCUGCACCCGGCGGUGCCGCUGCUGGUGCCCCGGGAGACAGUGGCGGCGUGCACGCUUGGCGGCUACGACAUCCCGCCCAGGACCCGCGUCUUCAUCAACACCUUCGCCAUGGGCCGGGACCCGGAGAUCUGGGAGGACCCGCUGGUGUUCUCGCCGCAGCGGUUCGAGGUCGGCGCCGGCAACGACAUCAACCUCAAGGACCCGGACUACAAGCUGCUGCCGUUUGGCGGCGGCCGGAGGGGAUGCCCGGGGUACACGUUCGCGCUGGCCACCAUGCAGGUGGCGCUAGCCAGCCUGCUCUACCACUUCGAGUGGGCGCUGCCGGCCGGCGUGCGCGCCGAGGACGUCAGCCUGGAGGAAAGCUUCGGGCUGGCUACCAGGAAGAAGGAGCCGCUCUUCAUCGCCGUCAGGAAGAGCGACGCGUACGAGUUCAAGGGGGAGGAGCUCAACGAGGUUUGAAUAAAGUCAUGUGCCGUAUUAACUUUUGUGACCUCAAAUGCCUUAUAAAAGUUACAAAGAAGUGAUACAAAUCUCAGUAGAUGCUAGAUUUUACAUGGAGAACCGUGUAUUUUUUUAGCCUUUUUAUUAUGGGCGAUGCUAAGCUUUGGCCGACGGAUAAUGAGAAAAUAUCCGUCACCUCGGUGACCAUUAGAUGGACACGCUAAUGGCUCUCUGAUUAUGCACAUAAGCAGUCAUCCCUUUGCAACAAGAGUGGUGUUCCAGUAGUCCUUCAGCAACAGUAUGCUUGUUGCAAUCACCACGAAGCAUUUAUUUUUCUUCUCAAAAGUCUUUGCAAUAAAAGAAAAAUAUUUGCAACAGAGGAUGUGUUGCAGAAAACGUUGUUCAUGAUUUUCUACCUUCUGUUUUGCAACAGAGCUCAUGUUACAGAAAACCUUUUGCAAGU